AUGCACUCCGCCGCGGGUCGCUCGCGCGCCUUCCAGAACGCGCCGGAAGGCUGCCGGCGGGCGGGCGCGGCGCGGCGGGGUGGGGGCGGCGGGAGGGGGCGAGUGUAUUUAAGGCCGGACGUGCUCCCCGGCGGCACAGUUGCCUGCAAGGACACGAGCGAGCGGCGCCUAGCUGAACAACCCCUCGAGCGGAUCCACACUCUUCGCCAAGUUACAGUUUGUUUUCUGUGGUACGUGCAGAUGUCUCUGGUGCCUCUGAUGUUCCGUGACUGGUGGGAUGACUUGGAGCGGCCCAGCCGCCUUCUUGACCAACACUUUGGUCUUGGUCUCCGUCAUCAGGAUCUGCUGAACUAUUGGCCCACCCUGCGCAGUACUGGCUACAUGCGACCAUGGCGUUCACUGGCCCGUCAGGACUCUGGCUCCUCCAAUGUGGUAGUUGACAAGGACAAGUUUCAGGUGAUCUUGGAUGUGCAGCAGUUUGCUCCAAGUGAAAUAUCUGUCAAAAUUGUUGAUGACAAGACUAUUGUUGUCGAAGGAAAGCAUGAGGAGAAACAAGAUGAACAUGGCUACAUUUCCCGACAUUUUGUACGACGUUACCUUCUCCCUCCUUCUGUCAAUGCUGCUGAUGUCAUUUCCAAUCUCUCUUCAGAUGGCGUGCUCACCAUCACAGCACCCAAACAUGAGGCCUUGCCAGCUGGAGAGCGAGUGGUGCCAAUUCAACAGACUGGUGCUCCUGCUGUAAGACCAGCAGCAGACCCAACAAUUCCUGCUACUGCUGUGCAAAGCACCAAUACUGAACAAUCCAAAUGAAGAGAUGGUUCUUUACUUCUCUACUUAUAGAAUCACAUUAAGACUGAUAUCUUCUUUUAAACAUUGAUGCCAUUGAAAAUUGUAUGACUUUUUGUACUUUACUGUUUAACUCAAUGUCUUUACGCUGUAAAUUCCUUUCAUUAUGAAAUACAUUUUUCUUCUACAUAAUUUAUUGAACUUGGUUUAAUUUUUUGAUUUCUUUCAUAUGCACAUUUCAGGGAUCUAUGCAUGAAAUGUCAGAAAAAAUUUGCAACAUUAGUUACAGCAGUAAUUUGAAU